GUUUGUGUCGCUCUCUCGUAAAUUUUAUAAACGUUCUAGAUUUUAUUUGAUUUAUUUCUGAAUUCAUUUGUUUGCUGUGAAAUAUCUUGGGCAAAAAUCAAAACCAGAAUUCAGUUAUGUUCUCAGGGAACUUGUCGAUUCAAAAUCGUACGACUUAAUGCACCUCAACAGUACAAACGCGGUCCGCUGGCCAAUUGUGAUUUGCACAUGCCUUAAUUGUUAUAAACAUAUUCCUAACGGAAUAGAAUUGUCAUUAUAUUGCUAAGCACUCCGAGUCAUGAGUGCCCCACAGCAGCAACGUGGAGAAUCGGGAGGAGGAGCUCCGCCAGACGCCGGCAGGGAUUCGGCUAGUCAGCCGGCAAAAAGUUCCACCGCCAGUGGAUCAGGACACUCGGGCACCUGUUCUCAUGCUCCGAGUCCCAACAACCGGCGACAGAACAACUCAAUGAAAUAUAAUUCGCGACCCUGGCAGCGAGGCCGUUCGGACAGUGGUCACUUUAACAAUAGAGUGCAUUGUAAUCAUAAUCAAAGGCAAACGCCUUACCCGAAAUCAAACUACGGAAAUCAGGACCGCUCUGACACCCGGAGUUCAAACCAGGAACGCCAGGAGAGGGAAUAUACCAAUAGAACUGAGUUUCGUGAAAGAAACACUAGAUUCUCCGAUGAGAGACAUUCUGGCAGAUACACUGAUUAUCACCGUAGAAACCAUUACAACAGAUUUAAGCCAUGGCGAAGUGAGGGCCGAUCCUAUUAUAGGGACAAAGGUGCCAGAGAUUCCUCCAAGUCACGUUAUGAUAAUGAUGUAAAUGAUUCAUCUGAGAUCAGGCAAAGGAACGGACACAACUGUGAUCCGAAUUGCGAUGCUUCCAUACCUGAGUAUGCAGAAUAUAACCAAAGUUUUAUAAAUCACAAUCAAACCGAAGAAAAUAAAAUUGAUUUUGAGCAAUCUAAGGAUCAAGGAGCUAACAGAACCAGCCCCACCGAGCAACUUUCAGAUAUCUCAAAACAAUCUAAUCCAAUUGCAUUAGAGGGCGAUCAGAACAAACAAACGAAUGAGUUGAAGGAGAGCUCCUGCUCUAGCAAGCCAAGCUGGGAAAUAAAUGAAACUUCUAAGGCUUCACAGUUUCCCGAUCAAAAAUCGAAGGAACAGUCGUCGGGGGAAGAACUAAACGUAUCCGAGUACAGUGAUAAUCACUCUGGUGCACAGGCUAGUCAAUCAAUUCCACGUAUCCAAUUGCGCCCACUUACCAAGCUUCUGAGACAGGAGCUCUUUGCAGUCACCCAGGAGAAUCGUCUGAUCAAAAGUCCCCCUCCAUCCGCAUCACCAGCCAGCCCCAGUCGCCUGGCCUUUAAGCCCAACCUUAGAAAUCGUCGCCGAACAGUGAGCAACUGCAUCUACAAUGCUGGAAGUUGUGGUCAGAUCGCAGAGAGCGAGGCCGUUUUCAAUGAUCGCAUCGCUAGCAUGGACAAGGAGAGUCUAAAGUACAUCAUCAACAAUGGCGACACCAUCUUUGAACCACACUUACAACUCCAGGCCAGGCGGCGUAUACGUGACGAAAUUCGCCGACAGCUAAAGACGAUUGAGUUGGACAAGCCCAAGGAUUGUCUGGUAACGAAUUUAGUCGAGGACGAAAUCGUAGAUUCCAUCAAAUUGCCCGCAUUUCUGCUUGAGGAGAUCGAAAAGUGUUUUGGCAUAGACAUAUCAGAGGGCCAGGCGACCAUAGAUUCUGCAGCAGAUAAAGAAGAUACAACAAGGGGCAACGCGAAAAGCCCAGGUCAAGAUAUCAAAGAGAAAACGAAGGGAACUUGUAACGGCGGCGAAAGUUUACAAGAUAUAAGAACUAAGAAGACUAAGGAGACUGUUGACGAUAGGAAUCAGUGCACCAAAUUUGGAAAGCUUCAAAUUGAAAUUGAUAUUAAUGAUAACCACCAUCAAUCAGCAGCCGACGAGCCUAGCAAACCGCUUUGUGUAUUGCCUAAAGAUAGCGAAGAUGACUCUGUAAAAUCGAAUGGGGUUAGUAAAAAGGUUUUGCAAGAAAACAAUAAGAAGACAACUAUUAAUCGAGAAGCCCUGAUAGAAACUCUGCAACACUCUGAUUCCAUUAAGAGGUCCAAAGGUAAUAUGACAAGUCCGAAAGCAGUCGAUGAGCUCAAGAGUUUAGCGGGAAUACACCAACCUAAAAAUCGUCAACAUUUGCUACCAACCCCUACAUGGGAAGUGAAUUCGAAGAGUAAGCACAUCAAGCCAAGUCAAUCCGCAUUCAUUAAAACCAACAAAAGUAAUAAUAUAGAAACAGCUUCAAUAGAUUCCCCGUCUGCGAUCAGUAAGCCCUGUAAAAUGAAAAUUAAAAGGGAAUCAAGCAGCUCAUCCAUAUCAGUAAGUUCCUUACCUUCAAAUGAUGUUAUUGAUUUGCUAAGCUCAUCUGACGAAGAGCUGGAAGAGCAUGGCGUGGUGGAUAUGGACAUUGAUGAACAUGAAGGUGAUAUUGAAAAUCAAAAGAUAUAUAAGACCUUGGAAGUUUUGAAGCAAUCCGAACCCGUAGCUGUGGACGAUGUUGAUAGUGAUGACUCCGCCAGCUCCCAAAGUAGCAGUAAAUCCACAAAAAGGCGACGCAGGCUGAAGCUACAAAACGAUGCAGAAAAUGUGGUUGACAGUUUCGAAAAAUUGAUCCUUCCCCAUCUUCGAGAGGCUCUCAGCGAUCGCUAUCGUCGCCAGCAUUCUAGUAGCCUGCAGAGCCGAUUGCACUUUAUCUCCUGCGUAGUGACAAGCUCUGAGCACAAUGCACAAACCUUUAGUAAAAUUGAGGUAGCCAAGAUGCAAAUGAAUCUCAAAGCAGCCGACAACCGCCAAGCUAUUGAAUUUCUUCUAAGAGAGAUUGUCAACGUGGUGAGUCUGCAGAAACAGCGUCGUCGGGAGCAGGACGAAGAGCAAAAGCUUGCAAAUUUAUUAAGCCCCAGAAAAACCGUAAACACAUCUGAGGAAACUCCUAAGACGUCGACACUAUGUCCAUUCCAGCACGGUUUUAUUCCAUGUCAGAAACCUCCAUCUUCUCCUGCCCGCCAAUCUACAACGCCCAUCCAGGAGAAUCCUAAGUACUCAUCUGGACAGCGGUGGGGUUCAGCUAGUCAGAAAACUCAAUCUUCUCCUGCCCGCCAAUCUACAACGCCCAUCCAGGAGAAUCCUAAGUACUCAUCUGGACAGUGGUGGGGUUCAGCUAGUCAGAAAACUCAAUCUUCUCCUGCUCGCCAAACUACACCUGUAGAAGAUGUUUUUGAAAACCCAUUUCCUAACCAAGGAAAACUUCCCUCUUCGGCGAAACUGGAAUCCUUCAAAGAUGGGUUACCAUUUCUCUCCAUGGAUUCUACAUUAUAUAAUUAUUCUCGAUUAGCUUCUGGAUCAAAAAUAAACGAACCUUUCGGAAAUUCGGACGACAUGGAGCAGCAUUUGGUUGAAAUUGAGCGUCAACUGAUGAAACAUGAAAAUCGUUACAGCUUUCUUGACGAUAUAAUAAUAAAGUUUCAAAAGGAGAAAUCUGAAGUCGGAAUGGUUAUUCUAGAACUAAAGAGUCGGAAGUUUCUAAUUAUUAACUCAAUGGCUUCUAGAAAUAAAGCUGCUUCUGCUCAAGUGGCUGACUCCGAAAGCAAACCACAUAAAGCUGAAACUGCUCAAGAAUCAGCACACGAGGAUAGUUUCAGCAAAGGAGGGAUAGCCAGACGAACUAGAAGUAGAUUAAGAAGAACUGUGUUGGUCCUGGCACCCAAGCGUCAAGUAAGGGUACAAAAACGAGUUUCCAAAAAACCAAAAUCUUCCAAAUUAGUGGAGAAAUCCCAUGAAGAGAUUGCUGAACAAACGACGAAUAAAAUAGAUUAUGAAGCGUCCAAUCAAUUAAAUAUCAAUGAAGAUCGGCUGAAAGUGUCAGCUGGUGACCAAGUAGCCGAUUAUUCUCCCACUGCCAAACUUGCACAAUCGCGCCUGAGCAAGCCCAGUAUUGCUGUUAAUCCAACCCAUCAACCACUGGCUAUAAUACCACCACUACCACCGCCACCGCCACCUCCCGAACCAAUCUGCCACAUGUCCUAUGAAGCACCCAGCUCUUUUCUUAAGGAAACACCACACGAACCUGGUCACCACUGGUCAGAGGUCGACUCCAAAGACAAGUGUUCUGUAGAUUUUGUGACGAAGGGGAAAUUGCAAAAUGUUGGCAGCCCCAUAACUCAAAUAAAGAUCUACCGGGAACACGUGAUAGCCGCAGCCGAGGAUGGAGACAUCUACGUGUUUCACCUAGUCACUCACAAGCUGGAGCAAAAGAUCACCAAGCACAGCGAGGCUAUUACGAAUAUGUUCCUCAGCGAAAAGGAUUCUAUUCUUUACACCACCUCAGCGGAUGGCUUUUUUAAGAAGUCCUCACUCCUGAAUCUGGAGCGGGUCUUUGAAACGGUGUACCUUAAAGAGCCAUUGCAGUCAAUGGACGUCGCUUGGGGAUUGGCCUUUAUUGGCAGCCGAUGGGGUCAAAUAUCUACCUUUAACGUGGUGACGAACAAGGUGAUGGAAAAGCCUUUGGUAUCAACCGGUCAAUCCAUCAUUGCCAUCAAGGCCACCAAAGAAGGUGUGCGGAAGAUCCUUGUGCUAGGAUGCAAAGGAAACUUUGUCCAGAUGCAUGAUGCGGGUAACGGAUUGCUGCUGCGUCACGUAUUUAUUGCAGAGGGUUUAAAUGUCUACAGUCUGCUCCUUGAUGAGGGACACAUUUAUUGCGGAACGCAGAAAAACGAGAUAUAUCAAUUGGAGUUUGUUUCUGGCAACUUGGUCGCCAAGUUUAGCUGUGGCAAUGGCGCUGUUGCUGUUGCGUCCUACGGAGAUCGUUAUUUGCUAGUCGGCUGCUACGACGGCUAUAUUUACGUCCUGAACAAGAUAACCGGAACUCAAGUUGGUCGUUUCGCUGGCGCUGGUCGCAUGGUUUUGGCUCUUUCAGUUGUAGGCGAUAAGAUCGUCACAUCUUCGAAAGAUAACUCGCUGGAGAUUCUGGAGGUGCCCCCCGAUUUGGUAAAUGGCUAUUAAGACGCGUAUCAUCAUUGGUAUAAAUCUGCUUUAAUUUAAUAAUUUCUACACACAGACUUGUUUGCAUAAUACAAUUUAAUGGUCAUAGUCCUUGAUUGCGGACUUAUAAUUCGUUCUCUGUAUUUACAAUAGAAUAUUAAAUUGUUUGCAUUUUUGCAAUUGAUCUACUUGAAGAAUAUUUCUUCGCCAUGAACAAGUAUAAACGAAUAAAAAGAGAACAUCCAGUAAAAUUAUGAUACGUAAAA